UGAACAAACUGAAUGGCAGGCGAUUCUCCAGCAGUGCGACUCUACUAAGAACGGAUGACGACUGCGCCAUGCCCCACCGACGGUAGUUCUUUCCUGGGACUCCAUCAGGGAUCUGGAGACGUGAAAUCCUUUCUAAUUCUACCCAACGCCUAAAGUACCUGGGUUGGCUUAGUACUUGAAGACUCCAAGUUCCAAGUCAUCUCCAGCCCGGGAUCUUUGCGGCCGGAGGGUAGUUUCUUUUUCGCCGACGCUCUUAUUUUUAGUCUAUACUAGACUUUAUACGACGAUCAUCCCAGCAUUUAUCCGAGCAAGAACGACGUAAGGCGCGACGCUAACACUCGUUCGACCCAUUUUCGACUCAAGCUGAAUCUGACUAGAGAUCGGGCUUUCCGCCCACGGUUCGAAUUCAGUAAUUUUUUUGUAAAACAAUAUUUUUCGUUGGGCGCCUAGAGGCCGCCUGCACCUGGGCAGCGCGCUUUCACUGACGCGCCCCUUAAACAGAGGUGCUGCGCGGUUUCUCUACCCCGAAUCUUCCCAGAGCCUACGAGCAUUAUUGCCCCUCACCGCCGUCGCAAAGGUUGCCAACUCAACACCACCACCAAGACGCCUCACCGCGGCUUUGCCAGCCAGUACCAGGAUCAUUAGUCCGUACAUAAGCGUUGUUACGUUGAAGCGCGCCCUCUUCGAGAUGGAGCGCUUUUCCAAAUUCCGCCGGAGCAAAAAGGAUGCCUCUGGGCCAACGCCGACAGCAGCAGCAUCGACAGGAGACGACAGGAGCACUGGAAGUGCCUCGCGCACACCAUCCCCUCACUCUCAGAACCAAACCCUCGUGCCACAGCAGCCCGCUCCGGAGCAGCGCAGGAAACCCUCGCCAUUUCGCGGCCUCGCGAAUCUGCGCACCUCGGCCAAGCGCGCCCGCUCCUCGCCUCCCGCCUCGCUCCCACAGUCACCAUCGGCAGCCUCGGUGCAACAUCACAACUUUCACCUCGGCUCCCAGAUGGCCCCUCGGUCGCCUCUCUCAGCAAUGCAUCCCGCAUCAGAAUUGCCGGCAAACCGCUCCUUUUCACAAUCGCGCCCUUCGAUUGGGACGGAUGAUGGCUGCAGGCAGCGCCGGUCCGGCUACUUCGACAGUACUGCGGCAGCUGCAAGUUCAGCACCUAGGAUUCCCUUCUUUUUGACCCACUCGCAGCAAGAGAUUGAGCAAAAGUUCCAGGACCUCACUUGGCUUGAGCGCAACCGACUCCAGCUGUCAAUCCAAAACCCGGCGCCCUCAUAUCAGUGGGCGCGCGUGCCGACCAGCACGACAGUUAAGAAGCUUGACCGCUACAUCAACGUGCAGCCAUGGCAUAAUAACCGGGUUAGGUUGCAGGUGCCACUGGGCAAGGUUGACUACAUCAACGCAUCGCCCAUUGCGCUGUCGACGCGGGUGGGGGACGAACACGCAAGCCGGUAUAUAGCCAUGCAGGGGCCCAAGAAGAACUCGGCCGAGCACGUCUGGCGCAUGGUGGUUGAGCAGCUGCGGAGUCCCGCCGUUAUUGUCAUGCUGACCGAGACGCACGAGGGGCCGGCCGAGAAGUGCUACCCCUACUUCCCGCGAUCGCCCGAGGACCCGCCCCUUGAAAUAGGCUUGUCCGACGAGUUUGCCGACGGGUUCCGCGCCACGGUGCGCUGCGAGGCUAUCGAGCCGACUAGCGCGGGGGACGCCAUUGAGCUGCGCAAGUUUGUCAUCCGUGUUCACCGCCGUACUACACGUCCUACCACACCUCAACCACAGGAGAACGGCAAGAGCUCCGAGGGUAGUUCCGUUGGGGCAUCGGUGGAGGACGAGGACGUCAUCAUGAUGUCGCCGACCAAAGCAUCACCAGCAGCAGGGCUCACCACGCAAAGCAUGUUUCCCGACACAAACCACGAGAGGGAUACGGCAACGACACCUGGAGUGCAUUCGAGCGGGGGAAGCACGACUGGUAUGGAAGCGUCCGAGCCCGAGGUCGACGAGCGUAUCGUGUACCACUUCCUGUACACCAAGUGGCCAGACUUUGGCGUCCCGGCCCUGGAGGACCUUGACUCGUUCUUUGAGCUGAUGCGGUUGUCGCGCGAGAAGAACGCUGACGUCGACAACCCCCGCAUCGUGCACUGCAGUGCGGGCGUCGGUCGAUCGGGCACCUUCAUUGCGCUCGAGCAUCUGAUGCGUGAGCUGGACUCUGGCCUGCUGGAGAAUUACGAUGACGGACGGAGGAGCAGGCGGAACGGUGGACCUCCCGCGUCCGGGAUGGUCACGGCAACCCCAGACAACAGAAACAACGGCAAUCUCGACUUAAGCUACGACGACGACGACGACCUCAUCUUCAGCGUCGUCAACCAGCUGCGCGAGCAGCGGAGGACCAUGGUGCAGGCCGAGGCGCAGUACCUCUUUAUCUACCAGGUCAUGCGCAAGCUGUGGCAAGACAAGUACGGGGUCGAGGAGGACCGGGAGCCGGCAGCCAAGAGGCACGAGGGCGAUCCCUUCGUUGGGCAAUAGAGCAGAACCAGAUCGGUUGGGAGCUUCUAGGCCAGGCUAAUGUCCGCCAGGCGUCUUUGAUAAGGGGGGUUACUAUGCGUCUGUCUUGUUUCUUUUCGAUAUCCCUUCGGUCUAUCACCGAAACUGUUGGUUUUUUUCUUCUCUUUUUUUCUUUUUUCUUCUGUUUAAGAGGACCUUGUGAUAACGGCGGCAUGAUAGAACAUUUCUUUGGAGCGUUGUCUGUUUUAGCAUACCUUAGCCCAUUCUUCCUCUUGUUUUCUCCAUUACAAGCAUACCGGAUAUACCUUGCAUCAAAACAGCGGGUUUUUAUUUUAUUCUAGUACUGCUUUCACUUCGUCUGUUGCUCCCUUACAGACUUAUUUCAUCUGGUGCGUGAUACUUGACAGAGAUGGAAAUCUUCCCGUCUAGUAUAGGACUUGGGCGUUUUGGAGGCGUUGGUCUCAUAACUCUUUCUUCACCUGCAGUGAGC